CAGAACCUCACAGGAGCCUCACUCACACAAAAACACCCCACACACACUGACUCAGGCCUGGACACGGAGAUACAGUCGGCUGCCAAAUCCUAAUCUGUGUCUGAGUGAGGCCUCCAUUUGCCCAAUCUCUCUGUUAUCUAACAUGGAGCGCCACAGUGUGCACAAAUCCUUCCACCACGGCCAUCUGGGCGAGGAGAAGCACCAGAUGCUCAACCUGAACCGACGCCUGGAAACCUACCUGAACCGGGUCAAACUCCUGGAGGAAGAAAAUGCAUUACUUGCAAAAGAGAUCCAAGCUAUGCGAGGCAGCAACCACGGAGCCUCGACGCGAAGGAAGGGCCUGGAGGAAGAGCUGCGACAGGCGAGACUGGAGGUGGAUGCAACCUGGAGGGACAAGGUCCACACAGAGCUGGAGGUCGGCAGGGUGGUCGAGGAGCUUCAAGCCCUGGACCUGCAGAGGCAGAUGGAGGCUCAGGCCCAGGUGGCGGUCAAGAAGAAGCUGGAGCAAAGCAGGAUGGAGCUGGAGGAGGAACAGAGGGCUCAAAUAUGGCUGAGUGAGCAGAUCGGUCAGCUGGAGCAUGAGAUGAGGCAUCUAAGUCAAACCCAUCAGGAGGAUGUGGCCCACCUGGAGGCCAUAUUGACCCAUUCCAGAGCCACAAUGCCCCCCACAUUGGCUCAAAGGGCCAACCAGACACCAAACCUCCUUCAGGUGGGACAGGAGUACUCACAGAGGGCCACCAAGGCCUGGCAGGAGACAUCUGAGGCCUAUCAGGGGCAGUUAGAUCGGCUAGAGGAGUCCCUUCACCAGACCAGGAGCCGUUUAACACAAGUGGGUCAGGAGAAGAGCCAGAGCCAUCUGAAGCUCCAAGCCCUGGAGAAGGAGAUCGCCUCUGCUCACGAUGUCAGGCUGCAUCUGGAGAGGACCGCAGCCCAACAGGGAGACGGAUAUAGCCAGGAGAUCCAGCAACUCCAGGAACACUGGGAGGGCCUGGAGAUGGAGAAAGAGGAGCUGGGCCAGAACAUCGAUCAUCUUCUCCUGGAGAACCGAGGCCUGCUGCAGCAGAAGGUGUCUCUGAGCCUGGAGGUAUCAACAUACAGAGCUUUGCUGGACAGUGAAAGCCUCAGGGGAGACAUCUCUUUGUCAAAUCAGCCAAGAAACAUCACAGAUGCAGUUUUCACUCCUUGGGGGGUAAAGAAGAAUUACCAGACGCAGCUGUCCACUAGCCACAAGACCACUUCCCUCUCAUCUGUCCGUGGAAUAACAGGAAGAGAGCCAACAACGAGGGCCAGUAGGAAUCCUGUAACCCUCACUGAAACCCCAAAGAUUUCCACAAAACCUGCAACGUGGGAAACCCCUUAUCCCAAAAUACUGCAGGAUGGAGCCGUUGAGAAUUUCAGACCACAGGAGGUUAAUGAGAAAGUCACAUAUGCUGAGCCUCUAUCACCUCCCAAUGAGCAGGAGGCUGAAGCAACAUCAGGGGACAAAGAAGCAGAAGAGAACUGGAACAAUGUUCAUGUGGAAGCUCUCGAGGAAAGACCUGACGUCCCACCAGUCGUCAGUUAUCAGGUUGAGUCCGGCCUCAGCACAGAGCCACCCUUCAAUGAUGAAGUUAGUCAGCAUCAGGCGACCACACCCAACCUUACACCAUACAAUAUCAGACUGACAGAGGAGUUCUGUGCUUUCUCAGAUGAAUCUGAUAAGGAUGUGCCUUUUGAAAUACCCUUGAAAAAAGAAGAUACGCAAGAGUCACAUCCUCCCAUUGAUGCCUGGGUAGAGAGAGAGUGGAGAGAAGAAGAAGAGCAUGUGCAAGAGGAAAGAUCCGAUUCUGAAACUGAGGCGGUAAUUGAACCACACUUUGAUUCCAGGACGAGCAGUCCAGUGUCUGAAUUCGAGCCUGGAGAAAGCUUGUUCAACAAAGUGACAGACUUCAGCCCAGAUGAAAACAUCCUGAAGGAAGAUGCGGUUGAGAUGAGGCAAGAAAUAAGUUGUUUUACAGUAAGAGCCAAUGAGAUGGAUGUUGAGGAUAAGUUGUACCCUGAUGGAGAAGAGAUGGACACAUGGGAUAGUGUAAUAGAAAGGAAGGUUGAUCUGAAGACAGAUGAUGGCAUUAAAAAGGAUGAAGAAAAAGGAAAACACGCUGAACCAGAGGAAGAUAUAUCAGCAAGAGAACAAAAGCAUGAAAGGAAGGAAAUUGUGCAGGAUUUUGAGACAGAUGUACAGCAAAACAACAAUGUGGCCUCUUCAGUAGGUGAUGAUGGACAGCAUGAUGCUUUAGACCAAGAACAUGCGCUGUUUCCUGACAACGAAGAAGACGAUGAAGAGGAGGAUUCUCAAAAUGUCUCUGUGUCGUGGCAGACUGAGCUGGAGAGCGACAGCUACGCUCAGGAUAACACUCUUGCUGACACGCGUCCUCUGAUUCGAUACAAGAGCGAUGAGGCCGACGGUAACACUCAGGCGACACACGUGGAGGAGAGCGAGUCGAGUGAAGCUGAGCAGGAGAAGAAGAUCGGAGAGUUGGGAACGUGGAGCGAAGGCAAGUCGAAGAGGUUUGGAACUAUGGAAGAUCUGUGCGAAGAAGUCGAAGGUGAAGCAUUGGAUGUGGAAUAUAAUCUGGGAUAUACUCAUGCUGAAGACGGAGAGGUUGGCGAUGUAAGUGAGCAGGCUACACUUGUGAAUGCAGAAGAAAAGAACAGAAAAGUCAGUGAGCGACAUUCAGAUGAAGAAAAGGAAGAACUUACCAAAACCACGUUACCCACAAAUGUGGACUACGAUGAGGAGUUGGAGACAGACAGACUAGUGGAAGAGGAAUUAGAAAAGCUGGCCACACACAACUACAGCGCUCACUUUGCACAGCAGCCGGUCAGUGAGAAUGAGCAGAUGUUACAUCUGGGAAUGGAAGAGCAAGAAGAUCCUGGAAUGUAUUCCUGUGCAGAGCCUGAGGUGGGCGUAAACCACCUUCUUGCAUCUUCCACUACAAUCAUAGAUCAACCUUAUGAGAAUCAAUAUUUCAGUGAUUCGGCAGUGGUAAUGCCUCGAGCAGACACUCUGGCUGAAGAGGAGGUCCAGCAUGAAGACCAGGAGGUUAUAGAUGAUGCAGAGAAAAAAGGGGAAGAGGAUGAACACAAUGUGUCCAUGGUGACACAUGCUGAUGUAACAGAAGAUCACUCUCGCUUUACUGACUUCAUCAGCGGGCCUCAUAUAGAAGAACUCAACCACUCAGAGGAUCCAAGCUCUGUGUCAGCCUUAACAGCAGAUCAGGAACACCUGCAGGAUGGGGGGGCGCCCACGGAGGUGAACGAGGUCGAUCCUGUGAAAGCAUCCGAUGAAUCUCAAGAACAUCUUAUUGAGGAUGUUGCAGACUCUCAGGAAUUCCCAGAAGUUCCAGAAACAGCUGAAUGGGAAGUCCUGGAGAACCCAAGUGAGGACUUUAAAAUCAGAGAUCAGAAUGUGCCUGAAUCAGCUGAAGGUGAUCUCCACGAGGACGGAGGCUUUGAUGAGGGUGUUCUGCCACGUAGUGAAGAGGAGCCCUUUGAGAUUUCCCCUGACAGUGUACCAGAUAAAAACAAAAUAUUUGUAACGAAGGACUCAACAAAUUUGUUUAGCUCAGGCGUAAAUAAUGACUUCUGGGUGUCCUCCUUGGAGGCCGGUGCCACAAAUCAACCAAAUGAUGCUUCUAACGAAGCAGCGGAGCAAACCAAUCUGAAUCUGGGGUUCGCUGACAAUUUGGUUUGGGGGAAUUCCGAAAAUGUGGUUAACUGGAACUCCAGGGUGGAUGUUGACUCGUCUAUAGUCCUGGCUGCUAAGAAAGAGAGAGAGGCGAAGCAGGUGUUGUGUAGAAAUGUUGUUGAGGGGGAGUUGGUCCAUUCUGACGAGUCUGAAGUAGAAGGUGAAUCCUGGUCGUCUGGGGAGGAACCGGUAUAAAGAGUAGUGAACAGUUUGAACUUAACCAAUUUUAGAUGUAAUCAGUGUCAGCGAGAGGAAAAGCAUGUUUCCUGUGUACUGCGUUUACUAUGAAAACCAAAGUUGUGCCUUGGUGCGCACAUCAGUGACGCUAACCACUAAUGUGCCAAUUCUAUCUCUAAAGCCUCGUUUCCUUACUGACAUAUUUGACUAACUAUUGUGUAUUCUUUCCUUAUCGUUGAAGCUCUUUCAGUGUGCAUGUUAUGGAAGGAGGUUUUGCGUGAGGGAACAGCAUGAAGACAGAACAAAGAAUGUCAUUUGAAAGUCAAGUUGUUUAUUGAUUGCUGCCUAAUCUGAUUUUACUGACUGAUGGGAUCCAUUGACCUGAUGAGAGCAGGAGGGUAGGAUUCCUCGUAGAGCUGCUAGAUCACAGCUGGUGUUUAUUUAUUUCAUUCCACUGGACAACAAUUGUCUCAUAUCUGCAUGUUUAACAUGUAGAAUGAAUGGUUGGUUGUAAAAGGUUAAGAUGACACUAACCGGUUUAUCAAAGUGUUUUGUUCGUAGACUUUUUAUUUCCAUCUACAAAGUUUUUGCUGCGGUACAUUUAGAGUCCAAAAUAAACAUUAGAUUCAUGAUGA